AUGAGUGAUCGCAUUCAAAAAUUUGUCGAUUAUUUGCUCGAUACGGAAACAACAUCGAACAUUGUAUUCAAUCAAGAUAUUAAGAAAAAUAACGAACUUUUUCAUUUACGCUAUCGAAACGAUUUUGAACAAGUUGUUAAUGAAAAGCUGCAACUAUGGCGAAAUAUUAAUCGAGCUGAGCAAAGCGCAGCUGCUGAUAAUAUCAUAAAAAAUGAUGGUUUUGCCGAAUCGUCGGGAACCAGUUCAGAAGAAGAAUCAUCGUCCGAGGACGAACAAAAGAAACCAGUACCAAUAGAAAAAGUUAGUAUUCAAGCAAUUUCAUCAGCACCACAAUUCAAUGCUUAUGUCAACAUCGCUGGUCAAUGUGAACGACUUCUUCAAUUUCUUCAAUAUAGUCAACGACACACCAGUCACAUGAGUGAUCUCUAUUUUCGAACACUAAAGCAAUGUGUUGAAAGUGAAAAUGAGAAAGUGGUUACGGCUGCUUUACAACAAAUUCUACUUCAUUUAUCCGAAGAUAUGGACAGUAUACAAAAUAAACAUAUUAAUCUGAUAAAAUCUCUUCUAUCAAAUAUGCCAUCUGGAACUAUUUCAGAAACACAUAAACCUAUUUUGGCUACUAUUAAAUUACUUCUUUCCCCUACCCGAACUGAAAAUGAUAUGAUGACGAUCUCUGGAAACAAUAUUGAAAUCAUUUAUCCCUAUUUUUCUUGUUUUCUCGAUGUUCGUCGUGAAUUUCGUGAUAGCACGCAUUAUUUUAUUGAUGGUGACUCGUUUCUUUUAUCCAUGGCUCAUCAUAUCAAUAUUGAUCUUGUCUCAUUUCAUGGUAAUACAAUUCAUCUUAUUUUUCUAAUUGAACGCAUUCUUCUGACACUUUUCAAUCAAGCACAUCAAUGCAAUUAUACACUUGUCUUUUUCGAUUGUCAUUAUCAAAUUUAUCAAUAUCAAACACCAAUUCUUGAUCUUCUUCGUUCUUGUUUAAUUACACACCUGUGUAAGAAUGUCAAUAUAUAUGGUACAUUGAAAGUUCGUCAAUUUGAUUCGUGGCUUAGCAGUGAUUAUGCUAUAUUUGUUAAAGAUGAAAAGCCUAUGUUCAUGUUCUACAGUGAUAUGUCAAAUCUGAGUAAUAGAACUAGUCCAUUAUUAUCUGAAAGUGUCCUUCGACAACUUGUCUUCGUUUACCGUCUCUUCGGUAAUUAUCAUCAAUAUACUAUUGAUUGCCAUCUCUAUUUAAUGAACAAAUUGAUGUUAACCGAUACAUUAGUUCAAUGUUUUAAAAUCGAUUUUAUACGACCAUGUCCAAUGCACCUGUUCAGAAAAGUUUUACAGAGAGUACCAUUGAAAUUCACUUCGACUACGAUCGAAAAAAAGGAUCGACUGUCAUUAGAAAAAUUGUGCCAUGAAACAGCUCAAGGUGAUGUGCGUCUUUUUCUUUAUCUUAAAUCGAUCAUGCAUUUGAUGAAAGAAAAAAAGGAGCAGAAAGAAGUACAAUUACUUAAUCUUUUAAUUCCUUUACUUCUUCUUCAUGUCGGUCUUCUUAUUCGUCUAUCUUUAGUUGAUCGUCAUCUUCCAUCAUCAUUUACUUCGGACUCUUUUAAUCCGAUGUUCUCUGAACUCAUUUGCCAAUUUCAAUUGCGUCUCUCAUUAUCUCUGUCAUCAAAUUGUUCAACUCUCUCAUGGGCCAAAAUAACCGAUUUGUUUGAUGGACGUCUAUUUGCUUUUACUUUAAAACAGAUAAAUGAAUCUUCAUCGAAUCUUCGUUUUGAUUCAUGCACAUUUGACAUGGUGAAACAGAGUUUAAACCUAUUGAAUAUAUACUCGAACAAAAAUGAAUUUGUAAAUCCAUUUGAACAAAUAAUUCUAUCAAAGAACAUUAUUUAUAUGUCAUCAUCAUCAUCAAAAUUGGCUAAACAAGUGACAACGAGUAAAGAACAACAUCAACAAAUAGCCAAAAUCUCCAAUCCAUUUAUCGACACUUUUUUAAAACCGAUUAUUUCAUCAAAGAACGACGAAUUCUCAAUUGAUUUCAUCGAUUCGAAUGAUUGCAGCCGGGCACAAUAUCAAGAUAGAGUAACAUUUUUGAAGACUUUAUUUGUCUUUAGCUACGAAUAUUUUACUCUCUACGGUAAAUCACUCACGAGCCGAGACAUAAAAGACAGUCAAAUGCAGAUCACCCUUCCAACUGCUUCGAUUCCAACAUCAACAAGCGAAGAAACUUCAGUUGCUACCAUAAAUGCUAGUGGUAAGAAGAAAAAACAAUCGAAAGAGAUUCAUCAAACCAAGGCUCAAAAGAUUAUUGAAGAAAAUAAAAAACGCCAGGUCGACAAACUUACUGCUGAGGAAACGGACAAGUUCACAAAUAUAGAAACUCGACUGCAACAGAUUCCACGCGAUAAUAUUCUCGAAGCGAUCGAGUUCAUCGAUAGACAUAUGAUAUUUUUUAAAACAUCAGUAAAUCGUCUGAAGUUACUUAAGCAAAAAUUCGAUUUACAACGAAAGUAUUUAAAUAUACUCCGAAAUCAAAUUGUUUUGGCGAACGAAGAUCGAUCAAAACUGGAUUUACUCGAAAUAAAUUAUUUUGCUACAAUGGCUGAAAUUACUCAUCUGGAAAAUGUUGUUGAUGUGUUUAAUGAAAAGAAAAUAUACAUGGAAGAGCUUGUAAAUGAUCCACAAUUGGAUAGAGAAAAAUGGUAUCGAUUUCAACUUGAAAAGGUCAACAGUCGAUUGCCACGAUGUGAACAAGGCGUGGCUGAUAGCAGAACACCCGAUUUCAUUCCGGACAAAUGGCAAAUCGAGUUUCUUGAUGCUGUUGAUAAACAUCAAUCGAUUAUUAUCAUAGCACCAACUGCUUCGGGCAAAACGUAUGCAUCUUACUAUGCCAUGAGCAAAGUAUUGGAAAAAAAAGAUGCGAUCUGCGUAUAUGUAGCACCGACCAAAGCACUUGUAAAUCAAGUUGCUGCUACGAUCUAUUCUAAAUUUGGUACUGUAUUUGGCAUUUUUACACGAGAUUUUCGUAUGAACAUGGGAACAUGUCGCAUCUUAGUAACCGUACCACAAUGUUUUGAAAUUCUUCUCAUCUCUCCAACUUAUCAACGUUGGUGUAAACGAAUUCAAUAUGCGAUCUUUGAUGAAAUCCAUUGUAUGUCCGGUGAACUUGGUUCGGACGUGUGGGAACGAACAAUGUUACUCAUCAACUGUCCCAUGAUUGGCCUAUCAGCUACAGUGAACAAUGGUGAUGAAAUACGUCAAUGGAUAGAAAGUAUCGAGCAACGACGAGCUACUCUAUUUCAAAUGUCGACACCUCGUUCCGUAUGUUUCAUUGCGCAUUACGAGCGUAUGGCUGAUUUGAAUAAGUAUUUGUAUGCGGAGCGACAAUUGCAUCCUAUUCAUCCGGUAGGUCUUAUGAAUGCGGAACAAUUGAUAAAUCGAAGCUUACCGAAAGAUUUUUUUAUGUCACCUUCUGAGACUGUACGGCUCAGUGAUGCAAUGCAAAAAACAAUAACUAAUAACACGGAUAUUGUAAAUGACGAUGUCGAAUAUAAACCUGUAUCGACUUUAACUGAAUAUUUUUCACCUGCUUGGAUCAUCGAACGAAAUGCGUGCAAUCAUUAUUCACGUCUUGUCUGUAAUCAACUCAAUCGUUUAAUUAUGAAAAAACAAAAUUCUGCCAUUGAUGCUAUUACAACAUCAAUUCAUACUGCCGAUUUAAGUAAUAUUAAAUAUCCCGAAAUAAAACCAAUGUCAUCUCUCAUCGUCGAAUUCGUAUUAACAUUAAAAGAAAAAAACCUUCUACCAUGUAUUGUAUUUUCGGAUAGUCGAUCGAUAUGUGAAACGAUGGCUAAAACGGUAGCGGCUUAUUUUGUCAAGAUUGAACGUGAAUUGCGACAAACAAAGUACAAAAAGCAGAUUGAUCAAGUUAAACUACGAUUACAACAGAUUGAAAAAGCUGAAAAAAUGAAUCUUGCUUUGAUCAAGAGUAUGAAAAAAACAUCGUCAGGUAAACGAAGAGCGAAGAAUGAGGAGGACACUGAUGGUGGUAAUAAUAUCUAUGAGAAACAAAUGAUGCUUAAUGAUAUUAUUAGUGGAACACAAUUGUCCGGACAUGAAAAAGCUUUACUUUGUGGGAUAUUGGAGGAAGGAACAUUGGCCAAUCGACAUGGAUAUGAUGAAGAAUUAGUCGAACCAUUAUUGACACGAACUGAAAUUGAAAAUUCAAUGUUAGUCAGGUUGAUGAGAAGGGGUGUUGCCUAUCAUCAUGCUGGGUUGAAUAAUAAAGGUCGAGUAGCUGUCGAAGCACUCUUUCGUAAUCGAUACAUUCAAAUUGUUUUCUCUACAUCAACACUCGCAAUGGGUAUUCACAUGCCAACAAAAACCGUCGCUUUUCUUCAAGAUUCAAUUUUUCUCGACGCUCUUCAAUAUCGGCAAUCAUCGGGUCGUGCUGGUCGUCGUGGUUUUGAUAUCGAAGGACAUGUGGUCUUUAUUGAUAUUCCUCUUUCGAAAAUUCGUCAUUUAACCAUCUCAGUCAUACCUAAUAUUGAAGCACACUUUCCAUCGUCAGUGACAUUUCUCAUGCGUCUUCUUCAAUUAUGCUCAUGUGCACAAGAUUCCAAAGAUGCUAUUAAUCGAUCAUUGGUUGCACUCGAGUGUCCAUUUAUUCUUCAAUCAGCUAGUAAACAUGUUUUAGUUGAUAUUCAAAUUCGUUUUCAUUGUUUACAUACACUUGACUUUCUUCAUCGACUCAAUUUAGUCAAUGCGAAUGGGGCUCUAAUCGGUCUUGCAGGACUUUCAACCCAUUUACACUACUUCGAACCAGCAAACAUUUUACUUGUUCAUCUAAUGGAUACCAGACUUUUUCACGAAAUAAGUGAUUAUAGUGAAAUUGUCAUCAUACUUGCAUAUGUUUUUACAAAGAAGCCUUGGCUAAUAACGCACAAACAAUUCGAAACUCUCUCAUUAGCAAGACGAGAAGAAAUGUUCAAUUCAAAAUUAUUCUUACCACCGAUAUCAAGAGAUUUUCGAGUUCGAGUUGAAUUGUAUAAUUCUAUUGUGAAAGAUGUUUAUGGUUUCUACAUUGAAAAUGUGACCCGACGAAUGCGUUCGUUUGCUAAUGGUCAAGAAUAUGUUUUACCUUUCUCCAAUAUUUCAUUUACUGAUCAGGCUGUUUACGAUAAUGGAACAUUCGAGUACGAUCUUCAUCAUCAUCGCUCGCAACAAACUCAGAAUCCUUCAAUAUCGCCAUUUGCCGGUCCAUCGGGUCUCACACAUGAAAAAUAUAUGUUGAACUAUAAUUCAGUUGUUGGUUCAUGGGAUCUUGCUUUCAAUCUCGACUUAUCAACACGAACUGUUCCAUUUGCCGAUCUGGAUUGUCGUGAUCAUACCAAUUCGAUGUAUUAUCUCAAUAGUUACGCAUUGGAUUUUUUUAAUCAUGGUUCAGAACAGUUACUGGAAGACGAAAACGAAUUACAACACGGCGAUAUAUACAAUCUUCUCUUAGAUUUUAAUCUUGUUCUUUCAUCGAUUACUUGA